AAUAUAUAUACAAGAUGUUAGUGGGAAAAAAUAAGGCCGCAUUUAACCUAAACCAAAAAAUUAUGAAGUGUAAUAACGAGGAAGGUCCCUUUGAACUCUGAAGACGUUUGUAUGACAUUAUCUGCAUCAGAUAAUAUAACAUUCAAACAAGUUUUAUAGGAAUAAAUAUUUUCAGAGAAAGGUUCAACAAACUGACCGUUGACUUCAUGACCUGACUUGUUGAACUCCAAAGAGUCAAACUUUCCACCUUCCAGGAAACCUCCCCUUUAGCUUUCACUACAUUCAAUCCAUUACCAAAAUCCCACCCUCCUCAGAAGUUCAUAAGCCCAAAAUCUCACAAAAAUAAUUCAAUCAUUUCCACAAUCCACACAUACACUGAUACACACACACACUCUCUUCCUCUUUCCUUCAAUGGAUCAGCUAUUUCAAACCUUCAUUGCUGGAAUAAUUUUCUUCGUCGUCAUUUCUCUUAUCUUCGCCCUCCUUAUCUUCCUAUGCAGCAAAAGCAAACCCAAACCCUGCCUUCAACCCCCACUCCCUGUCACGCGCUCUCUGGAAUCAUGCGACAACAGUUCUCCCUUUUUUUCGACAUCGUUCGACCCGUCUUUCAGGCAAGUUUCGAUGUGUGAGCUCAUCAAGGCUACCAAUGGCUUCGAUCCCAAGCUCAUCAUUGGCGAUGGCAGUUUUGGCCUUGUUUAUAAGGCCAAGCUUUCUUCAGGUGUCACUGUUGCUGUUAAGAAACUCAGCCCGGAUGCCUUUCAGGGGCUACGUGAGUUUCGGGCUGAGAUGGAGACCUUGUGGAAGCUAGGCCACCCAAAUAUCAUUAAGAUCUUGGGGUAUUGCGUGUCAGGUUCAGAUCGAGUUCUUAUUUAUGAAUUUUUUGAGAAAGGCAGCUUGGACCAAUGGUUACAAGACACGUCAUCUUCGUUUCGUUCAUGGUGGGUCCCUUUAUCUUGGGAUGUGAGAUUUAAGAUUAUUAAAGGGGUGGCCAAUGGGCUGGCUUUUUUGCAUGGGUCAAAAACUGCGAUUGUGCAUAGGGAUAUUAAAGCUAGUAAUGUUUUGUUGGAUAAUGAGUUUGAGGCUCACAUCGCUGAUUUUGGGCUGGCACGAACGAUCGAAGGGUCUAAUUCCCAUGUCUCCACCCAAGCCGCUGGGACGAUGGGAUACAUGCCCCCGGAGUAUCUUGGUGGGUAUACUGUCGCUACUGUAAAGGGCGAUGUGUAUAGCUUUGGGGUUUUGAUGUUUGAGGUGGCUACCGGGAAGCGACCCAACUGGCCCGUUCGGGAGGAUGGCCGUGAGAUUUGGAUGUUAGAAUGGGCUAAAAAAAGAAUUGAUGAAAAUAAACAUAUUGAAAUUAUAGACACUAGUGUGUCUAGAAAUGAUUUAAAAAUAGAGCAGGUUUUUGAGUAUUUUAAGAUUGCCAACUUAUGCACCAAUCAAAAGCACUAUGAAAGGCCUUCUAUGUGUGAUAUUGUGAAGAUGUUGGAUCGUAUUAGUAUUGUUUCUCAAACAACAUAAGAGUAGUGAGAAAUGAAGUCUUAUGUAAGUAAUUUGAGUUGAUCAAAGGAUCGAACAUAUAACUAUGGUCCAUUUAGUAUUACUCUCUAUCCUUUUUGUAUAAGGCUUUGUAAUUAAUAAAUUGCUAAUAUAGUUUAGAUGUAAUACAUAAUUCAUAGAAUACAAGAAUUCUAUUUUAUUAUAAAACAUUAUUCUCGUUGACUUUUUA